UAAUACCUAUAUAAAAAAGGAAAAUGUUUGAAAAUGACAUUUAAAAAAAAAGAAAGAUUUUGAAAAGAAAGAAGAUUUUAUUCAAAUUAAGUGAUAAUAUUAUUUAGAAAAUUUGAAUUUCUUAGAUUUGAAUUACGCGUUUACCUUGAGCCGUCAAUGUUUGCGACUGUUAGGCCUAUGGCCCGAUCCAUGUGUUCCUUUAAGAAACUUUCGUCGGCUAAACGUGACAUUCAUAGUUGUUACGUGUAUCCUGAGUUUUUAUGUGAUAAUACCGCAAUUAAUAAAUAUGAUUCGUGUUUGGGGUAAUGUGGCUCGUAUGGUGGAUGAUAUAGCCGCGGCCAAUUUUAGUUUGAUGGCAUUGAGCAAGUUAUUCGCUACUUGGUAUCACAGCGAAAGUAAGCAAUUAUUUUGCAACAAUAAACAUAUUAAACAAAUUUCUUUUUUUAUUAUAAAUAAAUUGAUCGAAUGAAAUAUUUUGGAGAAAGUUCGGUUUAUAUUUGACUUGCUAUGAGCUACAUAUGUUUAACGUAUCAAUAUAUGUGUAUGUUUAAUUUGAAAGCACUUCGAACGUUGAUGAUAUCAGUCAUGACCGAUUGGAUAAAUUCGACGAACAAGCGCGAACGAAAUACGAUGCUGAGGUUCGCGAGACGUGGCAGAAGCUUAUCUUUUAGAUGUUACGCAAUCGCGACGAUCACAGUCUCCUUUGCCAUAUGUUUUAAUCUUCUGAAACUUUAUCAAAAUAUUCAUCAGCCUCAACGGAGCUUCAUCUAUCAUUUUGUUUAUCCUUACAACGCCCAGAAGAGUCCGAAUUACGAAAUCACAUUUGUCAUCCAACUUUUCGGCGGAAUAUACUCGGCACUAAUCAACUGUACCAUCGACAGCUUUAUCUCGAUGCUCUUGCUGCAUAUAUGCGCGCAACUAAUAAAUCUACGAGUGGCACUCAACAAUUCAAUCGAUGAACUAGCCAAUAAAUCUAUAUCCUACCCGAAAUUUAAAGAAGGCUUAGCCGCGGUCGCUGUACGACAUAAACAUCUUAUCAGGAAUGUAAAGACAAUCAACAAUUGUUACAGCGCAGUGCUAUUUGUGCACAUGUUGUGUGCUACUUUUCAACUAUGUUUCCAAACUUUUCGAAUUUACACGAUAAUAAUAGACAAAUUAGAUGUAUCUGUUUUCAAAAUGGCUUUUAUCUCGUUUUAUGUUGUUCUUGUGUUGACGCAUUUGUACAUUUAUUGCUACUCAGCUGAAAGACUCUUAACAGAGAACACUAGUAUGGCGUAUAGCGUGUAUGAAUGCAAGUGGUAUAAUAUACCGGCCAAAGAUGCGAAGAACUUAAUGAUUAUUGCAUGUGGAUCUUUAAUACCGCUUAAAUUAACAGCUGGAAAAUUCGGAUAUUUUUCGAUGGAGUUGUUCGGAACAAUGGUGAAAACGGCAAUGGGAUACUUCUCUAUGUUGCUGACAAUAAAAGAUUAGAGAAACUAUAAUAGAAAAUAGAGAGAAGAUAAUAUCUGUGUUUGUGUAUAUAUGUAGAAAAUAUUAUAAAAUAAAACUCUGAGUGUUUAUAACUGUCUACUACUUAUUUUCUAGUAAUUAAAUGACUAGUUUUAUAUAUGUAUAUUUGCUGAAUAUAUUUUUGCGAUACAUGUUCUUUAUUUGCUAUUCUGUCUUAAUUAAAAUAAAUUAAGAUAAUAAUUAUAUUAAACUAAACUUUUAUAGUAUAAGAUUCGAUCAAUAAUUUAUUUUAUUAUAUUACUGUAUAAUGCACAUACUUUAUCUUUUGUGAAUAAGAGAAUAAUUCUUAUCAAAUACACAAUAGUAUGCUUUAAUAAACAUUUCUAUUUAUUCUCUCCUUUUGUAUCAUUUCUAACCUAUGUAUUUUGCCCGAAUAAAUUGUUUCGUACAUAACAAAAUAUUAUUUAAUUUAAUGUAUUGAGAUAAUAUAAAAUAUAAUUUAAUAUAUUGGGAUCAGAAGUAAUUAAA